AUGACUCCUUCAGUAAUCAGAACAUAUCGAUCAGUUGAAGUCUCGCCCCCAUCAAGACUGCUUCUGAUCGCCAUCUCGCAGUCUUCGUUCGCGCGCGCGCAGAUCGUGGCGCCCAUCCAUCUAUUGCAGCGGCGAGACUCUCCCCUCGGUGGCUGGCGAGGAGGACCGACUUGGGGGAUGAUUAACGCGACAUCCUACACCCCUCUCGAAUCGCUACUGUUGUUCACCUGGAUUCGAAGAACAGGCGCCUCGGCCUUCGAAGCUGCCGCCUUUCCCAGGUUCUCGCGCGAUCUUAUCAAUCACAACUCCAUCAAGGAGGACCCCACUUAUGAUGCCUCGCGAUUAAAUCCCGACUCGCUCCAGGAGCUCUUUCUGCAGUUACUGCAGGAUGAGCUGAAGAAUGAGGCAACUCUACACCAACAAGACGCGACAUCUGCCGAUGCUCCGCUGUCACCAAACAGCAAGAAGCGCAAACGCCCCGGCGCUGCUCCUCAGUUGACGAAUCUUCACGAAGCCCGAGAGUACGCCCACAGGCUACCGGAUGCUGAGAGCAAGCUAUGGGCCAAGUACAAGCAGAGGUCAGCGCAGCAGCUGUGGGAACAACAGGAAGAGCUUGCCAAGCUCGAGGCCGAGAUCCAACAAAUACAGUUGCAGCAGCAGCAGCAGCAGCAGCAGGCGGUUGAGGCAGACAACUUGCGCAACAGUGCCAGUGCCACCCCAAAUGCGCCUCCCACGGAAACACCAAGUCGUCCACCAAGUGUUGCGCCGGCCGGCGAUGCGCCCCAGGCUGCCCGACAACCUAAUGGGACCGCGGGCCCGCCCACGCAACCACCAACUCCGGUCCCAAGCAGUGCGCCGAACCACGUUGGUCCUCAACCACCACCUCGACAGAUCUCCCCGGCCCAGGCAGCUGGGGCUCCGAAACCACCUCAGCCAUUAGUUCAGCCUCCGGUAGCGUCGCAACCGGGACAAUUUGCUCAGGCAGCUGUACCUCAGGCGUCUCCUCGACCACCUAGUGCCACCCCGCCGGUCUUACAACCACCACAAGGGAUUCCAACUUUCUCGCCUCAUCCUGGGCAGCCGCCAUCCGCCACGCCGCCUGCUUCGGAUGUUCUACAAAGACCGGACAACUCUCAGAAACCCAGGCAUCCGUCUCAACCACCACCCACUCAGGUCCCCGUGCCUGGAUCGCUGAAAUGGGAACCCCCUUACCAGCCGUACUCUAUCCCUCAACAUCAGAGACCGCCUCCAAACAUUGCACAGUUCCCUCCACAGCCAGGCCAGCAACGCCCACAACAGUGGAGUCAGCAAGCACCCUUGCAAUAUCCUCCCCAACCACCACUCCAGCCAGCCCAACAAGGCUACGGGCAGCAGCAUGCGCAGCAACAAGGACCGUCUGGACCACGACAAAUUCUUGUUGCACCGCAACCUGCUGGCCAUGCGCCUCCUCCGCUGCAACCAGCGCCUGUGAGGUCACAUUCCGGAUCUCCAGCUCCACUGCAGCCGCAACGGCUGCCCCAGGGGCCUUCUCCGCUGCCUGUCCAUGCACACCUUCCGCAGUCGCCAUAUCAGCCUACCCAGCAGGUCUUCCAACCGCCACAGCCUCAUCCUCUGCCGACCCGUAUCGCACCCAGUGUCUCGGCAACCCCGCCACCUCUUUCCCCCGCCAACGCACAAUCCCAACAAUGGCAGAGACCACCAGCAACGGCUCAAACGCAUCCUCCCGGCGCUCCACAAGGGCAAACGCCAGUAUUGCCUCAAGUUCCACCCACAUCACAGGCGCCACAGUACAGCUCUCCUUACCCUCAACCUGCUCGGCCUACUGUGCCUCAACACGUCUUUCCACCGCCUGUUGGCACGCCAGGUCCUUCGCACCGACGCCCUCAUCCGGUUCUACCACGUACUCCGACCACAGUACCCUUCGCAUUCCGUAGCUCGGCUGGCAGCGGCACCAGAUGGACUGCAGCUCAACCGACACCUUCGACUCCAGGGCCCGGCAUCGGCGAUUUAGCAAGCCCUGCGUUCGAGCCUCUCAGUCCCAUCUUACACACAGACAGUCUCUCGGCGCACACGUCCCAAACCUCGCCUACUAAAGCCAAAGCCGACGACGAUGGGCCAGCCAGGAAGAAGGCACCCAGCAACUCCGGCAGUGCACAGCGUGGGCUCGAGACUCGCGAAAGUUCUCGCCAAAGACGGACACCGUCUGUCGUCCCGACACGAGAGAUGGCUGAUGAGAUGGACUUGGACUCUGCAACCAAGGUUAAGCGCGAGGAAGCAACGCCCAAACCGCUGGAAGAGACAGGUGACACCACUGCGGACGAGAGUGUAUCAGGCCGCCGCCAGAUAACCUCACCGAGAGCCUCGAGAGUUGCUGGCAAGCGCAAGCGCCAGGAGUCGUUGGCAUCCGAUCACCGCGCGGCGUCCGAGAACCGAUCCCGCGUCCCUCCGCCCCCUCCAGGCAUUCCCACUCAUGUGCUUUGGACUCGCGGCUUUCCACGAGUUAGUGUCUCCACUCUGGAUCAGAUUUCCGGCCACAAGCAUGCAAACAUGUUUUCUCAUCCUAUCCGUGAGCGCGACGCCCCUGGGUACAAAACGAUUGUGCUUAGCCCUACCGAUCUCAAAUCAAUCAGGGCGGCGAUCACGGCCGGGAACAAAGCCGCAGCAACCGCUGCAGCUGCCCUCUCAGGGGGUGAACCAAGCACCAGCAGCGUCUGGCUACCCAUCAGCGAAGAGCUUGUGCCUCCCCGCGGCAUCAUUAACAGCUCGCAGCUCGAGCGUGAGCUGGUGCACAUGUUCUCCAACGCUAUCAUGUACAACCUGGACCCGCACCGCGGUCCUGGCACUGCGUUCAUGAAGGGCAGUGGCCGGGGCGGCAAGGGGGCUAAUGACCACGGGCAAGGCGGACAUGGCGCUGGAGGGGCUGACCCGGGCUUCCUCGGAUACGCUGUCGACGAAAAUAGCGUCGUUAAUGACACCCAAGCCAUGUUCGCAGAGGUCGACAAGCUUCUCAUGGAGUUGCGCUCUACUGAGGCGCAGCCCGGAGUUGCACUGGCGCCACUACCACCCGGGGCCGUACCUGCAAGUGAUAGGUUAGCCCGCUGGGCUGGAUUUACGGCUGCCUCAUCGGCCGAGACGCCCGCCUCGGUUGCUACUGUUGGGGAAGAGCUGGGAGAUGAUGGCGAGGAGCAUCACACAGAUCGCGACGCUGAGAGCACCAGUGGGAUUGUCAAGAGACGGCGGGUCGGUCGCGGCUGA